AUGACAACAUCUUCAAGUAGCUGCAUUAUCUCCCUUGUAUAUCGGGUCUAUCUUAUCUUCGACCGCUGGAGGAACAGUAAGCUUUGUGGAGGCACUCCUGAGUUCCACUUGCCAACUUGUGAUAACUUGAAACAACAUAGAUGGAGAUCAGCUAUGUCACUUAAAUCAAUAAUUGCUAUUGUUUCUGCACUUUCAGGAGUUAUUUUGGUUUUCUCCCUCAUGUUUCUCUUUUGGUUUAGAAAGAAAAGAAAGCAACCUGCUUCACCAAAUGCAGAAAAUCCGUUGUUAAGGUUAUCAUAUCAAAGCAUCCUAAAAGCUACUAAUGGUUUCUCAUCAGCAAAUUUAGUAGGUACAGGUAGCUUUGGUUUCCUAUAUAAAGGAAUUCUUGAAGAGAAUGGAACAAUUAUUGCCGUUAAGGUAUUUAAACUUCUGAGUCAUGGAGCUUCCAGGAGUUUCUUGGCUGAAUGUGAGGCCUUAAGGAAUGUUAGACAUCGAAACCUUGUCAAGGUAUUAACAGCAUGUUCUGGUGUGGACUAUCAAAGCAAUGAUUUUAAGGCUCUUGUUUAUGAGUUCAUUGCAAAUGGAAGCCUAGAGGAUUGGCUGCAUCCAACUGUUGGCAUGAAUGAGGGAGAGGAGACAGCAAAAAGCUUGAAUUUUUUUCAGAGAUUGAAUGUGGUAGUUGAUGUUGGUUGUGCAUUAGAGUAUCUUCAUCAUCAAUGCGAAGCACCAAUUGUUCAUUGUGAUCUCAAACCAAGCAAUAUUCUACUUGAUGAUGAAAAGGUUGGCCAUAUAGGUGACUUUGGGCUAGCAAAAUUCAUUACAUCAGACAUACAAAAUAACACUUCAAGCCUGUCAAGCUCUCUUGGGUUAAGAGGAACAAUUGGUUAUGCUCCGCCAGGUAAGUAG